GCGGGGAGAAUUCUGGACCGAUCCGCGCCAAGGCUGGCUCUUGGUGCGGCAUACCUCUGGCUUCCUUCAUCAAACGGUGUCCCAAAACGUCUACAUGCAUCAAUAUCACACGGAAGCUGCCGUGGAAAGAAUGGAUAAGUUGUCAAGUUGUGGCCAAGUUUAUAAAUAUGUCUGAUGGGCUCCCCUGGCACUCCCGCUCUCUGGGGAUUUAUCCCAUGCCUCUGACCGAGACCAGGAAUCUAGUCCUCCGAGUUAUCAAACCGCCUAUUUCUCCUUCUUCACUUGAACUACCUUGAUCACCAUGACAUCUGGACCGCCUCCAGGACAGUUCUGGCAGUACAACUGCAAAAACUACUUUGACAACCACGACCCUUGCUACAACUACAACUACGUCGAGAACAGAUACUGUCAAGAAUGCACGGUUGCGGGCCGCAAGAUAAACGAGACUGAGAAACGCAAACAAAAGCAAUCGCCGAGGAAAUGAAAAGUUGCGGAGAACUAUGCAACAAAACAACACAAAAGAAACAACAACAAGAAAAAAAGUACAUAUACGACAAAAAGGUACACGGAACACACACGCACACAUGCAGAUAUACACAUAACCAUAAUAAAGGAGGGGGGAUGGGGGGGUGCUUUAAUUUGUAAUAGGUCAGGUUUCCUGCCCGGUGUUUAUCCCAAAUCCCCAUUCUGGAUCAGGAAAGAAUGUACGAGAGAUAAUAGUCUUCUCCUUUUUUUUCGCGCACGUGGGGACGUGGCGAAAAAAAAAGAAACAGAGAAGGAGGUACCCAUCUUACAACCGGGCACGGCGGCGGAUUCAGUGAUAAAAAAGAACGGCCGCGACAUGUCGGCAGUUGUUUUCUUGGCAGCAUGAAAAGCGCUUACAUUGGAAUUUAUGGCCGGGAACACAUAACCCAAGCAGCAGCCACCUGCUGCACUUGGGAUCACAUCUCAUUGACAAAAUAUGGAUAUCAAAAACUCACAGGGGUUCGCACAAGAGGGGGGGUGGAUGGAUGAUCUUCAUACCCACAUGCAAACACAUGUACUCCGUACCUUGUGUAUCCAUAUUUAUGUCAUGUACAUACUCUCUGCCCCUACGUGGUAUUAGGAUACGUAGGUUCCCGGGGCUAUCUAGUCCAGGACUGGUUCUAGUCUAGUCCCAAA